GCCUUUUGGCUUCCCUAGCGAACAGUACAAGUUUCGUGUCACAAGGAGUCGCAAGCACAGCGCAGGUUGGCGAUUCCUUUCAACGUAUCAUAGCACGUCUAGCUUCACACAGUAGCAUAGCUUUCUAUCUAUUACAUAUAACAGUUUCAUUUGAUCGAACUUUGCCCGCCAUGCUUCGCCGUAGCCCGAUGGCGCGCAUGAAUCGGGGCCACCUGACCCCCACCCCGUCCAAGUACUCGGAUCGCCCCGGCAUGUGGGGUCCGGGUGCCGGUCCGGUGAAGGACACCCUGGCGCGCCGUACGAUGUUCUAUCGCAUGCUUGCCAUGAACAAAAUAGGCCGCUGGACGAAGCCGCUCCGCACAAACCGCGUGCGGUGGAUCUGGCGCAAGACGCAGCUGCAGGUGUGGAAGACGUGUGUCAUGUCGAUGGUGUUCAUCUGUGUGAUCCUGUUCGGCAACAUCUGGCUGUCCUUUGUCUACCACGCGUACACCGUAGGCCCGACGACGCCGGUGUUAGAGCGCAAGGUACGUGAGCAUCGUGUGUCGAAGCAGAUUAUGCAGAUGGUGCGCGAGCGGGAGCGGGACGUGACGCAGGAGGAGGAAAUUGAGAAGGCCCGCGCGGUGGUGGAGUCGCAGAAGCACUAA